AUGAUGUUUCAACAGUUUUGGCUAUUAGCGACCGCACUUCCCGUUCUAGUUCUUGCAGACUCUGACGUGGACAGUAUCUUCACUGGUGAAGGAACGGUAAGCGUUGUGGGGCAGACCGCAGCUGACGCAUGCAACGCCGGCAUUGGUGACAAUUACGUCGCUUUGAACAGUGCCCAAUGGAACGUGACACUUAACUGUGUCAAAUGCGUUGAAGUCGUCUGCACAGACAACCGAUGCAGUGAUACAUCUCCGCCCGUGACGGCUUACAUCGUGGGCCAAUGCAGCGAUUGCAAGGACAAAGGAUUGGACUUGUCGAAUGGGGUAUUUAAGAAAGUAACGGGUAGUGAUAAGCCGUCGCCGUACACGUUCGACUGGAAAUUCGUCAGCUGCCCCACGAAUGGUAAAAAUGACUUUGACACUCUCAAGUCAAGUAGCACCAAUUACCAGGCCGGUACGGUGGAAGUACCCACAGAGUUGUCGAGUGUAUCGAUUCGGGAGGAGAACGACAAAGAAGUCAAUACGCGGCCAAAGGGCGAAGAAUCUGGCACCAGCUCUUCGCUUUUCGUGUUGAUUGGGGUAUUAGCCGCUGUAUGCGUUGCCGCUUUGGCUGCUGUUGCCUACACUACCAUCACUAAGAAGAGACGGAACAGAAAGCGCGACACCUUUACAACUUUAACUUUCGACAAGUUCAGCUCUCCUGCGCAGACUAAAGCCACGAUUGUCAAGAUGUAA